CGACUAAAACUGCAACAAAACAUCCUAGGCAGGGUGUAUGUGAGGCCAGUGAAAAUAUUGACCAGGAUUCCGCGCUAACCAUGCCAACCGAAAACGCUGUAGACGCCGAUUUGAUAUCUGAUUUUGAUGAAUGGCCCGAUUUCUGCGACCAGUUUGAGGAGGCGAGAAUGUCAGCAAUACACAUUAGACCUGACGAAAUGGCAACGGUGCAAAGUGUUGACCGUAGAACGGUGCGCAAAUCACAGUUUGCUAGUACUUUUAGAGCAUAAACGAUCGAAGGAAAAGGCGAAAUGUUUUCUUGCUUCUCCGUGGAACACGCUAGAACACAUUACGCCGGAUCUUACCGUUUCCGUGCAGGCAGUUAAGGACGAAUCGAAUUCCGGUCAUUUUAUCGUCAACAGCACCGAUGGGUUUUUCGUCACCAAUCCAGACCAGCUCAUAUCAGGAACAACAGUAGUAGGAGCGAUGUUUUGCCGGCGCCGUGGGGUUCUGCAGGAAAUGUUUCGUGCAAUUGAUGCGGAUAAUCAGCAGAUGCACAUCGGAACUUUGGCGCAUGAAAUUUUCCAGCAGUGCCUCACGGACGAACAUUGUACUUCUCUCGAGCAUGUGCGGGAAAAAGCUGAAAGUUGGCUCACAUCAAGCAAAACGGUAUCGACACUGUACGCCUACAAGCUAAACACCGCCGAAGCAUUCGACAUACUCGAACCGUACAUCAAUGAGAUUGCAAUCUUUUUGGCGAAACAUGUUCACGGUAGGGAAGGACGAACCCCGUUUGCCCAAGAAGGUGGAAAACGGGAACAAAACGAUACACUUACGAUAGUGAGGAUAAACGAUAUCGAAGAAAACAUUUGGUGUCACCAGCUGGGGAUUAAGGGUCGAAUCGAUGCGACCGUUUCGGUAACGAAUCGCGAACCGCGCACCGAUCAGACGGGUGAUGCCGAGGUGAUGCCGUUGGAGUUGAAAACCGGUCGCGCAAGCUAUUCGUUCGAGCAUUCCGGUCAGCUGGCUUUAUAUGAAUUGAUGAUGAACCUCGUUGGCCACCGCGUCCAGAGUGGACUGUUGGUGUAUUUGCGCGAUGGAAAAGUGACCCGAAUGGUGGGCAAUCGCAAUACCCGACGGGACCUGAUUAUGCUGCGUAAUGAAAUUGCAUACUACAUCGAUCGAUGGAUGAUACGCAAUGAAAGCACGACAAGCAAUCCCCUUGCCUUGCCGCUACUACCCGCCCUGCCAGAGCCAAUCAAUAACCAGCGGGCGUGCGUGAAGUGUCCUUACAAUACAGUGUGCACCGUGAUGGUAGCAAAAGAACCGAAUCAGCCUGCGCGGCCAGAAAGUCACGGGCUUGCGUUGAUCGCAAACGAAGCAUCCGGUCAUCUGACAAAUUCGGUCAUGGACUAUUUUAUUCUCUGGACAGGAUUAAUUUAUUUAGAGCGAGAGGAAUCGCUCAAAGAUUAUGCCGUACGGAAAAUAUGGACAAAAACCCCGGAGGAACGUGUACAAAAGGGUUGGUGCAUGGCAGGUUUGACACUUCUGGAUCCGGUGUGCAAGGCGGACGAUAGCUACUACCACCACUUUUCCAUCGAUUCUCCCACCGCUCCCCCGUCGCACAAUGACUCCCGCCAACCGGGCGCAUCAGGCGUUUUUGAAGCAGGAGAGUACGUUGUUUGCAGCACCUACGAGCGCGUCGCCGUCGCCGCUGGCCACAUUAUAAGCUAUUCUGGCAGUGAAAUUAUUGCUUCGUUCGAGCGUGACCUGAGCGUCAACUAUAGCGGCGAAAAGUUUCUGUUGGAUCGAAGCGACCCGUACAAAUCUGCUGUAUUCAAUUGGAGCAGCUUGGCAAUGCUGCUCGCCAACUCGGACGAAGCGAAUCGCUUGCGCAGAAUCAUCGUCGAUCGGGAAGUGCCCACGUUUACCGAGGGCAUUCUGCCGAAGCCGAUGGUACCGGUAGCAAAGAAGUUACUCGAAAGGCUGAAUCGUCACCAGAAGAUUGCCACGCUGAAGGCGGCCUCGGCGGACAGCUACUGCCUGCUGAAGGGGUUACCCGGAACGGGCAAAACGGAGACCAUUGUCGGACUGAUUCGGCUGCUGGUAGCGCUUGGCCAAACCGUGCUGCUCACUAGCAACACCCACUCGGCGGUUGACAACGUUCUCAAGCGACUCGCCCAGGCCCCGGAACCGAAGUUCAUCCGGCUCGGUUCCCUCGACCGCAUCGAUCCGGCCAUACGGCCCUUUUCGGCUACGGAACUUGGCGACCAGUGCACCACACCGGAGCAACUGUCACAGCUGUACGAACAAUUUAAAGUUGUCGCAGUAACUUGCCUAGGGACGUCGCAUCCUUUGAUGCUGCAACGAACGUUCGACUAUUGCAUCGUUGACGAGGCAACGCAGGUUUUCCAGAGCAGUGUCAUCCGGCCGCUGCUGCGAAGUCGGCGAUUCCUGUUGGUGGGCGAUCCGGAGCAACUACCUCCUGUUAUACGGUCCAACACUGCAAGAUCUCUCGGUGCCACGGAUAGCCUGUUUCAUCGGUUGGACCAACCGGGUGCGUUUUGUAUUCUACCAACCCAGUAUCGAAUGAAUAGCGUACUCACAAAGCUGGCCAACGAUUUCACCUAUGACGGCAACCUGGUUUGCGGCAGUGACGCAGUGGCGAACUCUACAUUGGCCCUUCCCGAUCUCGGUACAAUCCGCCAUAUGUUCGAUGUGGAAAAGUGGGUGAUAAAAACGAUCUCCAAUCAGCUGGCGCUGUCCGCCGUGGCCUUGGAUACGGGCAACAGUUACCAGCUGCACGUAGAGCAAAUGUUUGAGGAGAAAGAGGCCGGUCGAAAGACGAUUUUGAACUGCAAGAACAUACCGGAGGCGGCCCUUGUGGCGUAUAUAUGCAGUGCACUGCUGCGAGCUGGUGUAAUGGGAUCCUCGAUCGGGGUUAUUGCACCGUUUCGUGCGCAAGUUGAACUGAUCCAGCAGCGACUGAGGGGAUUGCAGGAGAAGAUCAGGCAGGCACGGCGACCACUUUCGACCACACAGCUAGCCACUUCCUCGGGGGAACACUCGCACGAGCCAUUUAACGACAUCUCUAGCAUCGAAGUCAAUACGGUGGAUCAAUUUCAAGGCAAAGACAAGAAGUUGAUAAUCUACUCCUGCACCAGAACGUUGGAUCCGGACACGGCUCGAAAGUUACCCAACGAACAAUCAAACGGUGAGGAUGGCAACGAGAUCCUGAAUGAUAAACGCCGGCUCACGGUCGCAAUCACAAGGGCUAAGGAGAAACUGAUCCUGGUCGGUGAUUGGACAAGUCUGGACGCUUAUCCGCCGUUCAAGAAGUUAGCCAACGUCCUUAACACCACUGCUUUCGUCACGCUUCACGACCAGAAAUAUGGCUUCAAUUGGCAAAACGUCCUCGACACAGUGAUGCUGUUUUCCGAUGACAGCGCGUAGUGGGCGCGUAGUGUGCGUUAUUUGUUUUGUUCAUACCAUUUAUUGCAUUAAAGCUAGUAUGCUUUUACACAACCUUUA